AUGAGCUUUACAGCUUCCGAUGAUCAACAAAUCGCUAAUGCGCUUGGUGAUCUUUCCAAAUUACCAAAUACUAUGAAAAUGGCUGUGACAAAUGGAAUUGAGGAGAGUUUCGAACCAGUGCCUCAACCUAAUGGUGGUGAUUGGUUAGCACAACAUAAGGAAAGAGGACAAACUAUGGAAUCAUUUCAACAAACGUCAUCAAAAGCUAUUCCUCAUGGAACCCAUAAAACAAUCUAUAUUCAGCCAGUUGGUAGUUUUGAUCAUCCAAGAGCUGCCCCACUUGAUGUGAUUGUUGAAUUUGCUAAAAUAUUUUUUUCUGGAUGUGUAGUUGAAUUAUUACCAACUGUUGAUUUUACUAAAGAUAUAAGAAAACGAGAUGGUAGUGGAGGACCUCAAUAUUUAACGGGUGAUUUUCACAAUUAUCUUGUUCAAACACGUUCACAACGUGAUACAAAACGUGAACUUUUAUGUGUCGCAGUAACUAUGGCUGAUAUUUAUCCGGGCGACGGUUGGAAUUUUGUUUAUGGACAAGCUCGAUCUACUGAUGGUGUUGGUGUAUAUUCAUUUGCACGUCUUGAUCCAUUAUUUUAUCGAGCAACUUCCGAAGAAAUUCUUCAAACUCCAUUAACUGAAGAACAUCGUGUUAUCAUGCUUCGGCGUUGUAUAAAGAUUCUAUUACAUGAAAUCGGUCAUCUAUUCGGUUUAAAACAUUGCAUAUACUAUGUUUGUUUGAUGAAUGGUGCGAAUAAUGAAAAGGAAAUGGAUCGGCAACCUCUAUAUUUAUGUCCUGUUUGUUUGUGUAAACUUCAUUCAACACUUCAAUUUGAUGUUGAACAUUUAUAUGAAACAUUUGCAAAUCUAUGUGAGGAAUAUGAACUUGAGGCGGAAUGUAGCUGGUACCAAAAACGUCUAGAAUACAUUCAUUAA